AAUGGAGAAUAGAGGGGUCUAAUUUGAUAUUAACUGAAACGGUCCCAAGUCCUUUCGUCUGAAAUACUGUUUCAUAAACUGGUUCUUGAAUCUAUGUUCUAACUUCCAUAGUACAACUUCAGGAAGUUAAAGAUUGCGCGGGAACCAGUUUUAACUUUUUGCAGGAAGACAGUUUGAGGGUGUUGAAGAUUAUUUACUAUGAGCAUUGAGGAAUUGUUUUUGCUGGCAUUAAUGCCUGUUCUGAAAACGCUCUUGAUUGCUGUUGUUGGCUUAUUUCUUGCCUUGGAUCGUAUUAGUAUUUUGACUGCAGAAGCGCGGCACCAUCUGAAUAAUCUUGUAUUCUAUAUCUUCUUUCCAGCGAUUUGUGCUAGUGGUGUCAUUGGUUCAAGCACAGAAACAGGCAUAUUUUCUUUGUGGUUCAUCCCAGUGAGUAUUCUUAUUACAUUUCUCUUUGGAUCAGCUCUCGGGUGGAUACUUGUCAAAAUCACUAGAGCGCCUCGGCAUUUGCAUGGCCUUGUUAUUGGUUGUUGCGCCGGAGGAAACAUGGGGAACUUGCCUGUCAUUAUAAUCCCAGCCAUCUGUGCAGAGAAAAACAAUCCAUUUGGAGAUCCAUCGACGUGCUCUAAAAAUGGAAUGGGUUAUGUAACCCUCUCUAUGGGGAUAGGAGCUAUUGGCAUCUGGUCGUUCGUAUAUAAAAUCAUAUGGGCAUAUGGAAAGAGGGAUGACAGGGAUGUCUCAGUCUACUCCAAAUUAAGAGAAAAUCAGCACGGUGAAACGUCGAAAGAAUCCUUGGAUAGUAUUACGAGAGCACUACUUCCAAAUAGUAACUCGAACUCCAAGUAUGAUGAAGCUUCAGCUAUGGUCGAAACUAAGGUUUCAAUACCUGUUAUCAUCGAGAAGAAGGUGAAAUCAUUGCUGGAAUAUGUCGACUUGAGUGUGGUUUUCAGACCGCCUACAAUUGCAACGAUUGUUGGCAUUAUAAUUGCUUCUAUCUCUCCCAUCCAAAAUAUCAUGGUUGGCGACCGUGCUCCACUUCGUUUCGUUGAGAGUUCUGUUGUUUUGCUAGGGGAUGCAGCAAUUCCAUCCAUGACUAUAAUAAUGGGCGCAAAUCUUCUAAGGGGUUUCAAGCGAUCAGGAGUUGGUAUUUGGCUUCUUAUUGGGAUCAUUGUUGUUCGAUUCGUUUUCUUGCCUAUCAUUGGUGUUGGUGUUAUUACAGUUGCAAAAAAUCUCGGCAUUGUAGGAUCAGAUCCUUUAUAUCAUUUUGUUAUUCUGCUGCAAUAUGCAGUUCCACCUGCAAUGGCCAUAGGUACUAUCACACAGUUGUUUGAAAUUGGUGAGACUGAAUGUUCUGUUAUCAUGUUCUGGAAUUACGCCGUGGCAUCAAUCGCAUUGACGCUUUGGUGCACAUACUUUAUGUGGAUCCUAUCCUGAAUACUUUGUAGUUGGUGCUUGUUGUAUUUCGUGCUUUGUAUUUCAUGUAUCAUAUCACUACAGGGUUAAGUCUUGACGCAACAGUAAGAGUUGUCGUCGGGAGGUCACAGAUUCAAGUUGUGGAAACAACCUCUUAUAGAAAUACUUGGCAAGGUUGUGUACAACGGAUUUAAAGUGGUUCGGCUCUUCCUCGAGCCUCGUACAUAGCAGGAGCUAAGUGCACUUAGCUGUCAUUUUUAUUGUUAAUUGUUGUAAAAAAAAUCAUGGCCAAGUGUUGUAUCGAUUGACUUAAGCACGAUGAAUAAAUGUACUUAUGAUUUGUUUUCA